AUGAAAAGAAAUCCCAAAGGGUUCUUGUCAUCUGAUGAUGAUGACGAACUUGUGGUGCGUUUGUCUGAAGAGCCUGUAGAAAAUGACGAUGACAUUGAGUUGCCAAGAGAUGAUGAAAGUGAUUCCGAUGAUGAACUAGACAGUGCCUUCACAUCUAUAAUGUAUGGAAAUGAUGAUGAUGAUGAUGAAUUAGAUGAUGGUACAUUCACCAUUAAUUGUAAUAUGAUCAUCAGAAAGGAAAAACAUAUUGGGGAAGAUAAUGAUCGUGAAUUCAGAUUGUAUGGUAAGAAGGAUCAGAAAUACUGUCCUGUAUUCAAUUUAAUUAAUUACCUAUUUAGAAGAACUCCUAAUCCAUUUGAAGAAUAUCAGAAAGGAAUGAGUUUCAAAUCUUUCUUAUGCAAGCGAAACUUCAACCUGAAUUCAAGUUUGAGUGAACAACCCCUUUUUACUCAAAAAGAAUCAAGUAAUCCAGCCACCUCCAAAGAUCUUUCAAAUUGGUUGAAGAAUUCUUCCAGAGACAAAUUGGGAAUUACUUACUCCAUGAGAUCAUUGAGAUCCGGUUGUAUAAUCUUACUAUAUGCUACAUUAUGCAUUAUCAAAGGAACUCCAACUCUUGAAACAGGAGCAUCCAUUCCAAUUAGAGCAAUAGUUGGUCAUAUGAGAGACGAAUCUAUCAAAUUUUAUAUCAGAAAAGCUGUCACUCUCUGCCAUAAUUUUACUGACCUACAAGAUGGUAUCUCCGCAAAGAAAUUGGAUAUUAAUGAUGUUGAACUUAAUUAUUGUUUGACUAUUCAGAAGUGUUGCUCUCAUUCUGAAUACUUAAAAUGUCCUGAGUUUAUUUCAAAUUAUAUUAAGAACAAUAAGGUUGAUAGAAGAACUUGGAUUCCAAGAGGUAGGCCUCAUUCUAAUCCAAAUUUAAAGAACCAACGCCACAGAGCUGCCACUGAUAUGAAAAAGUACAUAAUUGCAAAUUAUCCAAUGCUAAAUCUUGGAGAUCCAGCUUUAAAAAGGAAAGAUGUAGCAUGGGAAUCAUUCUUUGCAGCAUGUGGAACAUUCAUUACUGAAAAUGAAUUAGAUAUUGACCCGUAUGCCGAUUUAUCCAAAGCUCAAAAACGAGAUAGAAGAAACAAAAUGUCUGCUUUGAAAAAGUGCCUUAAUAUUCUUUAUGAUGAAAGAGAUGAUGAUUUAAAGACCAAAAGUCAAUCUAGAUUGGAUGAAAUCAUCGUUGGAGCUGAAGCUAAUUGGGAGAUUCCACAGAGUGCAUAUAAUCCAAAAUCCAAGAAGAGAAAGGUUGUUGCGGAAUCUGAAUCUGAAUCUGAAUCUGAAUCUGAAUCUGAAUCUGAAUGA